CACACUCAAACACACAGAUACAAGACAAGUACAUAUGCAUGCAGAGCAUAAAGUUCAGCGGCAACUCGUAAAGUUUUUCUCUGCCGUAUUUCAGUUCGAUUCGAGCGAUUUUCGAGCGCGGAGCGUUGCGUUGCCUCGUUCACGUUGAACUAAAAAAGAAAUAACACUAAAUAAAUAAUAUUGUAUAAAAAAAGAAGAAAAAACAUAAAAAUAUAUAAAUCGUUUUUUGUUUGUGAAGUGUGUAACGGUGCUGAGUCAGCCGAGAGUGCAGCAAGUGAAUAAUAAUAAUAGUUCAUGCAAUGUGUUCUCUAGUGCCCGGAUUCGCACCCAAAUCUGAAAUGAACGUUGUCGCCAUGGCGUGGCAUUUCGCUGCCCAUCAAAUUUAAUUAAUUUCGGGCAUAGAAUUCCCAUUUGGCCAAGAAUAGUGUGCAUGCCAAUUAAUUAGCCAGCUGACUCGCAGCGAAGCCAUUCAGCAUGAGUGUGAGUCUUGGUGAUAUUGGUAUCGGAGCGGGUAGUUUACCCGGCGAUUUGCUGUCGUACGAUGAGUCAAAGUUUGCCCAAAAGCUAACGCACCUGACUCCCACGGAACAGGAAGCCGUCAAGCGUUUUUGGAGGUCACUCGUUUUGCGGAGUCAACGCGCCUUCAUUGAGGAAAAUGGUACGUAAAGCAGCUAGGGCUGGGUGUGGGUUUUUAUUCGGCCAUAAAAUCGCGGCUUAAGCCCACAUGAGUGCCACUCUGGUGGAAUUGGAUGUGGGUCAACUUGACGCCCGCACAGAGCACUGAGAUUGGCGAUGACGGCGGCAACACCCACCCACUGUCCAUAAAAACGGCAAUGUCUUUGCUCUGCGCCAAUUUGUCGCAGCAACAA